GGAGAGUAGUGCGGAGAGGGAGGAGAUGGAUGAGAGCAGAGAGCAGAUCGACGGGAAGAAGAAGAGGAAGUUAGAGAAGGACAGGGAAAAGGAGAAGGAGAGAGAGAAGGAGAAAGACAAGGAGAGGGCGAUAGAGGAGAGCAAGUUCGACCUCGUCGUUGACUGUAUCGGUGGCCAUGACGUAUGGAGCGCUGCCCGUGCGGUGCUCAAGGACGGAGGACAGUUCACUACGCUCGUUGGGGACGAUCCUGGUUCUGCGCCAACGAUGCGUGCACAGAUCCACUCCAAUCUCCGGUCGCUGCGUCGCGCCUUCCUCACUCCUUCCACACAUGUGCACCAGCGCUCUGCCUCCCAAUCGGCCGUUUCUCUCCCCCAGCCCAAAACGGACAAAGCGAAACGAGUCGACUAUGAGUGGAUCUCCCCUCUCACCGCUGUAGAUCGGGAUGGAGAAGACGUCCGUGACACGCUUGAGGCUGUCGUCCUCAGUGCGCAGGAAGGAGUAUGUGUACCAUUUCUCUCUCUAGACCCCGAUAACCCGCAGGACGGAACGGGCCAUCUGGAUGGAGUAAGGGUCGUUGGCUUGGACGAGGCAGCUGAGGCACUGGAACGGUUAGGGGAGGGAGAGGUAGUCAUCGUCAAGGUUGCGGGAUGAACCCGGAUACAAGAUACGGAGGGAUACAUGGAUCUGAUCGAACGGUCUCGCUUGCAUGUCCUGUACUUACGCAUUCAUUAUUGUAUCCCUAGCAUAUCAGCUUCAAUUACAUUAUA